GUGUUGUGUUUGUUGUUGAUCACACACGAGUAGACGUCUAGCUUGUGAGUCGACAUCGUUGGUGGCAUUAUUAUGUUUUCCUGUGUAUUUUAGUAGGAUAAUUCAUUUUAAACAGGUAGUGAUGAAAACCGAGGAAGAAGGAAAGUCUCAGUUUUACACCUGUAACUGUUUCACGACUGAUAACAUUUUCCUGAAGGACUACAAACUCCAUGUUCGCUUUGAGUCGGAGCAGCAGUUCAGGCUGGACUAUCAUGCUCUGCUGAGGAGGCUCGGCUGCGUCACGGACCAACAGUUUGAGGAUGUGCUGCACGAGGUUUCACAGGAAGUGGACAGGCGAAGGCGUCUCAGUGUGACGUCUGCUGAGAGAGCUGCUGUUAUAAAAGACGUUUACCAGCCGAUCCAUCCUCAUGUCUACCAUCUGCAGGAGUCUUACCUCACUCCGAAGUUCAAGCAGAUUGUCGAGUUGUGUCGAAGCGGCGACCCCAGUGAACACAGCCUCUUAGGCUUGUUGGAGGAGGAGGCAGCUCCACAAGUGUAUCGCUUCCCUGUGUUUGAGAAGAGCUUCUGUGAGGAGCUGGUGGAGGAGCUGGAGCACUUUGAGCAGUCUUCAGCCCCUAAAGGAAGACCCAACACCAUGAACCAUUAUGGGGUCCUCCUGAAUGAACUGGGUUUUGACGAGGGAUUCUUCACGCCUCUCCGUGAGCAGUACCUUCACCCGCUCACCUCCCUGCUGUACCCAGACUGUGGGGGCCGCUGUCUGGAUAGCCACAAGGCCUUUGUGGUCAAAUAUGACAUGAAUGAAGACCUGGACCUGAGCUACCACUACGACAAUGCAGAGGUCACCCUUAAUGUUUCGCUGGGGAAGGAAUUCACGGAGGGAAACCUUUAUUUUGGUGACAUGAGACAGGUUCCUUUAAGUGACACAGAGUGUUCAGAGGUUGAACACAGGGUGACCGAGGGCCUCCUCCACCGGGGCCAACACAUGCACGGGGCCCUGCCCAUCUCCUCCGGCCAGCGCUGGAACCUCAUCAUCUGGAUGAGAGCGUCGCAGGAACGCAACAAACUGUGCCCCAUGUGCAACAGGAAGCCGACACUGGUGGAGGGAGAGGGCUUCGCUGAUGGGUUCACCAAACACUUUAACGCCUCACUCAACGUUUCCUGUGUGCUGACGUAGUGUAUCCAGCUGCUACAGGUCUUUUAUAAAAGACAUUGUGUGUAAGAUUGAAAUUUGCGAGUUUGGCUUCCCCAGGUGUUUUGGAAGAGGAUACUGACAGACAGCGGUGCAGGCUGCUCCCUCCUGCUGAUGCUGUAGGAACGAUGAUUUUUGUUCAUCUGAUCUAAAUUGUUUGGGGAUGCAGUUGAAUAGACAGAUUUGCUGCUGUAGUUUCAUGGUUGUAGAGUUAACCAAGAUUACACUGGGUGACAGUAGAAAAACAUUAAUUCUAAUGACACAUUUUACUGUAUUCCAAAUUGGAAUGAUUAAUAUAUAUUAUUUGUACUAUUAAAAGAUAGUGAUAUUACUAUAAUUCUGGGCUUCAGACUUUCAAUUUAGUUUCCUAAUGAUCCAGUUAUAUUUAAAAAAAAACAAAAAAAACA